CCUCGUGCCUGUUGAACAAAACUGACGACGUUCCUCCCAUCGUGGCCUUCCACUCCCUCCCACUGCAUCACCAUCCAUUGAUCCCCUCGCCUUCCUCAACUUCGCUGCAUUGCCUUGCAUUGCCAUUUCGAGGUUGCCCUGUGCGUCUUUGCCGAGAGGUUCGUCAUACAAAAGUGGAUUCAUCGCAGGGCGUCGACGUCGCCCGCCGUCUCGGCCGUGCCCUUUGUGCCGCCGUGCCCGCAGCCGUACGCCCUUCGUCGGCUCGCCCCGAGAGCGAAUGGGACACUCUGCGCCUUCCCCCUGAGCCCGCAUACGCCCUUCCCCUUCCUAAAGAGCCAGCGCCGCCAUGACCUCCAUUGACGAGAUGGAGGAGUUUGUCAACUGGGACAGGGCGGGCGCCUCGGUUGGCCAUAACUCCUUCGGCAACCUCCACACCAGCAACACCAACAUUGAUCCUACGUUGGUAGGCAUGUCCGCUGACCCUGAAUCCGAGAAUAUGGGUCUCGUCUUCGAGAAUGUCAACGAGGACGACUUCAGCUUCCAUGCAAUUGAGCAUUUCUCCCAGAACAGCGGCGCCCUUCCUGGGCUAGGCUCCGGCCUGGAUGAAGCUCUCGUCGACCUUCCCAUGGAUGGGACCCCGGCAUUGGAUCUGCUCGAGAGCACUGUCUCGCCAUGUUCCAGCUGUGCCAUGGGUGGCUACUCGUGCAAGAAGAUUAGGGAAGGUCGAUACAAGGGCUACUGCACCAGCUGCGUCGCCCUCCGCAUCGAGUGUAGCUUCGCUCGCUCUGCCUCGAGCAGCUUCGACUGGGGCGACUCGUCGGCCCUAUUUCCCAGCAAUCCAUGGCCCAUCAUGGGAGAUCACCCCAAUACAAUUAGUAACCAAGAGCUACUCAGUGACCAGCGACAGACGGGAACCAGCUCUCCUGCCGUCGACAUGCUCAAUCUGUCGACGAGCAACUUAGCUGACGACGGCGGUAUUCUGGCGCCCAAACCUGGCCCGCCUCCCAAGAUUGGUGCUCGCUUUUCGCGAGAGUCGGUGCGGAUAUUGAAGAACUGGCUGUCUUCGCAUAACCGCCACCCCUAUCCCAGUGACGACGAGAAGGAGGCGUUGCAGCGGCAGACAGGCUUGAACAAGACGCAAAUCACAAAUUGGCUCGCCAACGCCAGGCGUCGCGGCAAGGUUCAAGCACCACGAUCAACCUCGCCACACCCUGGUAACUGGUCAAGCUCAAUCGACAUUCCCCAGAGGCGGGGUACUCCCGCACUGGAGGCUAUGAACCCGCUUCAACGUUGGGAGCACUCUCCACCGGAACACGAACCCGCUUCCGUGACUGCUAUUGCGAGGGCCGUCACAGCUUCUUCUUCGUCAGCUUUGUCUUCCGGGCUCAACAGCCCCUUCAGCUUCAACUACACCGACGACGGUUCCAGCAAGUCGCUCUGCAAUCAGUCUUCAACCAGCUCACUAGGCACAUCGCACUCGAGUACCAAUGGGUCUCGGGGCUCAGCCUACUCGCACGGCUCGCGCAACUCAUGGGGCUCCCUCGGCUCGGCUCCCUUCAGCAGCCGAGGACGCCGUCGCCGGCGGCGCAGGGCGGCGCCCAAGCACGGCAAGGAAACCACCACUUCUUUGGCAGUUCCUCUCAAGACCUUCCAGUGUACCUUCUGUACCGAGACUUUCCGGACCAAGCACGACUGGCAGCGGCAUGAAAAAUCGCUGCAUCUAUCCCUGGAGCGAUGGGUGUGUGCACCUGAUGGCCCCCGCGCCGUCAAUUCAGAGACCGGCGUGCUAUCCUGCGUUUUCUGCGGGUUGGCUAAUCCGGACGACGCCCACAUGGAAGGCCACAAUCAUUCGGCUUGCCAGGAGCGAACGCUGGAGGAGAGGACAUUCUAUCGCAAGGACCACCUGAACCAACACCUACGCCUCGUCCACAACGUCAAGUUUAUGGAGUGGUCCAUGAAGCAGUGGAAGGUUGCCACUCCCGAGAUAAGGUCUCGGUGCGGUUUCUGCGGCAUCGUGAUGGACACAUGGACCAUUCGUGUUGAUCACCUGGCGGAGCACUUCAAAACGGGUUACUCCAUGGCUGACUGGAAGGGUGACUGGGGUUUUGAUGUGCCCGUGCUCGACAUGGUCGAGAACUCCAUUCCUCCUUAUCUUAUUCAUCAUGAGCGCAUAUCGCCCCUGCCAUAUGUAGCCGACUCCUCACCGCCCGAGUCCCCGCGAAACGCCUACGAACUCAUCAAACUGGAACUGGCCUACUUCGGCGCCAACCACUGGGAACAGCACCAACAGCCACCGACCGAUGAGGAGAUGCUUCUCGAAGGGUGUCGUAUCAUUUUCGCUUCGGAACUCUUGUCGCUGCAGGGAAUCGCGACCCAGAACUCGUGGCUCCGUGACAUCAUCAUGAGCGCGCAUGAUACCGCACAAAAGGCCAGGUUUGGUCCCCUCCGUGGUGCCACCGAAAGCAGGUUGGCUACUCUCAAAAUUAACGGCAAGGACAACCUUUUCGAAGAGUGCCCGAUGGAGAUUCAGUUGCAGGGCUUUGUCAAGGCCAAGCGGCUUUUGGGACUAACGGCCAUGGACGAUGAGUUGCAAGAGGAGGCGUGUAAGAUUGUCGGCCGGGUCGAGGAGGUCUGCACACACCCAUCCGAGACGGUUGCCAACUGGCUGCUGCGGCUCAUCAAGAACUCGACUGGUUGGCUCGCUGCCUUUCGUCGCCGCGCGCACCUGCCGCGGAGCGAAGACGUUCAAGACGAGGCCGUCCGCUCCACAGACCCCAAGUCCAUCGACUCGACAAUCCACAGCUACUCUAGACUGGAGUGUGAGUUGACCGACUUUUUGAGGAUCCAGCGAUCUCUGGGAAUUGAGCCGACAGAUGAAGAUCUGCAACGGCAAGCUCGUAUCAUUAUAUACGAGUUCGACGACGGAUGGAACCAGACGGCGGCAGAUAACAUCCAAUGGCUCGAGGCUUUCAAGGAACGCCACCCGCCGGAGCAGACAUCAGAGAGACCCCCGGUCAAUUGUCGCGAUAUUCCCGAGGCCCCGUCAACCACCAGGUUAUCGGGAUCGACCCUGUCACCGACGCAGUCAUCUAGGUCAGGAGGCGUCAACGACUUUUCCGACCUCAUCAAAGGCAACCAGGGCGUCCCGUUCUUCCUCAACGACGCCAACUGCUAUCGUAGAUUGGCGAGGGAGCUGCGGCGCUGGGUCAAAUCGACAAUGUCUCCAAACAAUCCCAGCAGACAUGUGCCCACGGACGAGGAGUUGCAGUACCAAGCGCGCUGGGUCCUCUAUGACGACGAUGACCCCUGGAACCAGACGGCCGCGGACAAUGCCGAGUGGCUGCAGCGUUUCAAGCGUGAUGUGGGAAUUCUGAAGGAGCCUGGGCCGGGGCUGCCGAAGGGUUACGCAUGGGCCCUGGAGCAAGGCGGCACCGGUUUCGCACCGCCUUAUGCGUUUCCAAAGGGCCAUCUUGAGCCAUUCAACGAGGAUGUCCAGGUGAACAUGCGUCAUGGGGCCAAGUCGUUUACUGCGAACCACUCGGCAGCGAAUAGCUUCCUCGAGACCCUCACGUCAGGAAACACUCGGCCAGCGAACGUGUUUUGCUCGCGCGAGCUUGAGACGGGACUGGUCGCGUUAGCACACAAGACUAUUAGCGCUACGGGGCAAUUUCCGUCGGAUCAGUCGCUCAAAGCCAAGGCCAAGGAGAUUAUUCAUAAACCCUUGACGGCGGCCGAUGACCCAGAGCUGCUGGAGAAGUUCAAGGUGUGGAUGCAAGAGAAGUUCCCGCACGCUACGGCGGCAGCACCUGACGAGAGCGUGACGGAGCCGCCGUUGCUGCCGACCAAUAUGGAGGUUAACAUGUCGGACGCCGAGCUGGGCAACAUGCUCCAGGAGAUGGAAUUCGACUUCAGCACAGCGGACUUGAACAUAGACAUGGGGAUGAUGGACGACCCUGAGGAUGACGGCGGGGUGAGCUUGAGUCUGUCUGGAAUUUAAUGACUGGGGGAUGCGAUCCAGGGGCCGCGCGCAUGUUGACGGCGACAGUGCGGUACAAAGGAGAGUGCGGCGGUUGAAUGAUGCCUCGACGAAUGCAUGACUGGGGAGGCGGCAGGUACGUACGUGUGCAUGAUAAAAGCAAUGUUGGUGAAUUUUGGGCGUCUUUUUCACGCGAUGGAUUGGACAGAGGGCGUUUAUGACGAUCUACGAAUACCACUCCCAGCUUUAAUACAGC